CUCCAGGAGUCAGAUUACACACAGAGACAGACAGACAGAGCUGGAUGAAGAAACAGAGAAAGCAGAGUAUGGUGAGAUAAGAUUAAAAAGGAGAAACAGGGAAAAGAAACAGGCAAGAGAAAGAGCAAACAGAACAAGAUAAGUAGACUGAGAGAAAGAAAGAAGAUUAAAAGGAUAGACGAGGAGGGUGAGACAUAGAGAAAACAUUCGACAAGAAACAGUCAGAGAAGAAAUCCCACAAAAGGAGGAACUGAGAAGAGCAGUAGAUGAGAGAAGUUGUAAAAAAUGGUAGAAAGGACACUUUGGAGAGAGGAGAAGUGCAUGGGGGGGAAAGGACCUACAUGUGGAGGGGCCAGCAUUACAACACACCAGACAGCAGAGUGUAUCAGAGGAUGGGAGGGGGAAAGGGGAGGGGACAAUAGACACCACCAGCGAGAUUAGAGAGAGAAAGUGAGGAGAGGGAGAGCAUGUGUAGAGAGAGAGAACAGUGUGUGAUGAGAGAGUAAGAGGGCAGUGUGUCGAGAGAGAGGUACUGGGAGACAGAAGACCGGAGGGGACACGGAUCGUAGUGAAAGGAGAGUACUAGCUGAACACAACGGCUGUAGACACGGCUCUCAGAGAGAAGCCAUCCAACGCUGCUCACGCGCACACACACACACACACACACACACACACAUACAGAGUGUGUGAGACAUGCCCAGGCUGCUGUCAAUGGACACAUGCACACAUCCGUUGGCAGGGCAUCAGAGAGGAGAAACAGACACCAAUGCCUAAGGAGACAUGGAAAGCAGCAUGUUUUUCGGUAAUGCAUGUCAAAAUGGCCUCCUGCCGACGCUGUUACGUCCUGCUAUGCCCAGCCUUCAACCAUCUCUGGGCAUGAAGCAGUUCCAGUUGCCAUUUCCCCUGGAUACGGCUUCGGCGGUGAGCCUUUUUCCCGGUUUUGGCACGGUAGACCCAGUUCAGAAAGCUGUUAUGCAUCACACAUUUGGAGUUCCUCCAUCGACGAAGAGAAGACAUGUCUCAUGCAACAUGUGCCAACUGAGAUUCAACUCACAGAGCCAAGCCUUGGCCCACUACAAAGGAACAAAACAUGCCAAGAAACUGAAAUCUCUGGAUGCUCCAAAAUGUAAGCUCAAAGGUUCUGUGGCCACCAAGGAAACCAUCAAACAGGAGACUCCAGGCAUCAAUACUCCAGCAAUUUCAAACUACACUGACAGGAAAGAUGGCUUUCCAGAUGCAGCCCCAUUAGCACCGUCUACUGUGCUCACACUGGCACCAACUCUGGGAUCCCUGUCAUCGACCCUGACCCCCAUGACCUCAAUGUUACCACCCCAGGCCCUUGUGUUGGCCUCUAAGCUGGCAUCAAGCCUCAACUCAUCCACAGGGACAGAGACGACCUCAGCCACUGGAGAUGGCAGGGCAUCGCCGAAGCCCAGCGCCACUUCAGAACCCGACAUGGAGGAAGAGCAAGAGGCUGAGACGGAUCCAGAAACAGAGGAAGAGAAAGCCAGGCGUCUGCUCUACUGCUCCCUCUGCAAAGUGGCAGUUAACUCUGCAUCUCAGCUAGAGGCUCAUAACAGUGGUACAAAGCACAAGACCAUGCUAGAGGCUAGGAGUGGGGUGGGCUCCAUCAAGGCCUUCCCACGGCCAGGGGUCAAGAGCAAGCUAGCUCCUCCCACCAAGGCAGCCACGGGUUUGCAGGACAAAACGUUUCACUGUGAGAUCUGCAACGUACACGUCAACUCUGAGACACAGCUUAAACAGCACAUCAGCAGCAGACGUCACAAAGACAGAGCAGCAGGCAAACCAGCAAAACCAAAAUACAGCCCCUACAGUAAAACCCAGAAAGUCCAGGCCAAACAACCACUGACAGUGGGGAAAGAGUUGUGCCAGCCUCAGAUGACCCACAUAAUUCCCGCUCACCUGGCAGCCUUGGCAUCGGCAGCAGCAGCCAUGGGCUCGGCCUUGCCUGGCCUUGGCCCCAACCACGCUCCUGGACCAACCCUUUUUCACCCUUUGCUCCGCCCUGCCCCCGGACCUAUCAGGACCUCCCAUACACAAUUAUUGUUUGCCCCCUACUGACCCACCACCUCACCUUAUAGACCAUGGACUUGCCUCGUAAGCGGUUAUGGACCAGGGUCAAGAAUUGUAUGAGUCCUCUUCUCUCUGCGUACCCUUUUAUAUCCACUAUUUAUCCACAAGACUGUGGAUAAUAGGCACACCAGUAUUGUUUGCCCCAUUCUGACAGGCUGAGCGGAAUUCUGCAAUGGAUUUCCAAAGGUACUCAUCCUGGACCCGGGCCAGAUUUUCACAGUGUCCCCUAACCUCAACAAUCAGAAAGGAAACAGGCUGGACUGGCUGAUGGCUGAGAGCAGCUUACAGACAUGGUGUGUCACUUGCUGGGUGUGGAUGCAGACAUUGAAAUUGACAGAUAAUAUAAAUGUCAUCCACUGCUUUUCACCGUUUGUCGUUCUCAUGUCUCUUAUCUGACUGCCAUCUUUACAACGAAACGUGGACCAACAGAUAACACAGAGGCUUUACAUCUUGGCCGCUGCCUACUCCAUUUUGAUGACUACAGCUCAACAGUCAACCCACAUAUCCUGUAGCUGUGGACAACAUGCCUGUGACAUCAUGACAGUGGGAUCUGCUGAUUGGAUCAAUUUGCACAUUGUCACUGAAUAAUUGACUUACGUUAACUCCCUAUGUUCCCCUGUCACUAUUUAUGUGCUUGGUAGUGCCCGCACUUCCUCCCCUAGUAUUUAUGUGCUGUUUUAGUCCACAUGGUCCUGUGCCAUUCUCUUGCCCGCCAAUCGUACCCAAGAUACAGGACUUGGACUUUAUUGGACUUUGUUCCGCAAUAAUGUAUACAAAUCAGUGAACUAUGCAGUGUCAUUUCUGUCUAACGCCAGGCCCAGUUUGAGCUCUAAUUGUGCUAUAGGGAUAUAACAACGAAACGGUGUCGCCCCUCCACUGAACCAUUGACUCAGUGGAGGUCACUAUCACUCAUGUUUGUAAAAAAUAUAUAUAUAUGGAAGUGAAAGAAAGCAAAGGCUUCCUAUUCUGCUGUAAGCACUUUAAGUCUCUCCUCGGUUUAAUGUCUAUUGUGCGUUAGAGAGCUAGAGUACGUGUUGUAAUUUCUCUGGCGUUGUGUUCGUGUCUGUCCGUGUGUGCUGUUUGCCUGUCCGUGUGUGGGAGUAAGUGUCUGAUCGUGUGACCUCUGCCUAAAGCCACCCAUGCUGAAACCCGAUAACCAUUCUGGUACGUUCGCCUGGUAUGUCCUCGGCUAAAGGGACCACUUAGGCUUAUGUAUGAUAUCUGUUAACGUGUCAAAGAUGAACAAUUUCAAAUAAAAAGAGUCUUACUUUGUUA